AUGGUCCUCCGCGAAGACGCCGCCAAGGCCACCUACACCCAGAAAGUCGACUUCGCCAAGCUGCGCUCCGAACUCCUGUCCGCCGAUAGCACCGAGUCAAACACCACCCGCGCAUCGCACGAGCGCCUGUCCAACGACAUCGCGAAGCUGAGCUCGCGCCUGCGCGACGAGAUCGGGCGCACCCAGGCUAGCGUCCGCCUCGACCUUAACUUGGAGAAGGGCCGCAUCCGUGAGGAGGCUGUCGGGCAGGAGCUCAAGAUCAAGGAGACGGAGACCAAGAUCGAGCAGGAGGUGGCGGCGCUGAGGGAGAAGCUGGAGCAGGUCAAGUUCCAGACGCUGCAGUGGCUGAUGGGUGUUUGCACUGGUUUCGCGGCGCUGUUGCUCGGUGCUUGGAGAUUGCUCAUGUAA